CCUGUGGCUGCAAGUGAGUUUGAUGUACUUCCUGUGGUGGUGGAAAUUACGCUAGAUCACAUUUUAAUACACGCACGGACACAUUUAUUAGUGUGUUGUUUCUAUAUAAAAGUUGUCGAGGAAGGUUAAUUUGUGACCGUCCGUCUGGACCCCAAAGGUACUUAAAACAAGCGUCCCUUUACCAUACGCGGAAGAAACUGGACACGUCUCCUCUGCCCAGGAGUGAUAGAUAAAAUACUCAAUACAUUCACACAGAGUGACAUACAGAACACAUAGACGUGUGCAGCUUAAUGCGUUUAGUCGUGUUGUAAUAAGGAGCUGAAAUCUGUGCGAGAUGGAGAGCUGCAGCUUCCAGAGCCAGCUGCUGUCCGUCAUGGAGGUCCUGGCCAAGGCGGCUGUAGCUGAGAUAAACCGGUGUGUGGAUGAGAGCUGCGCGGUGCUCCGGCUCGAGGUGAGCCAGAGCCGGCGGGACAUCGACCUGCUGAAGAGCAAGUGUGAGGUGAUGGAGGCAGAGCUGAGGAGGAGCAGGAUGAGGGCCAGGAGGAAAGUGUUUUACCCUCCAGCAGCAGCAAGAUUACCUCCUCUGGUCAAAGUAGUUUUGAACAAAGGAAGUCAGAGUUCACACUGGGACACACCAAUGGAAACUCAGGCUCCAGAUAAACCCCAGCAGUGUGCAGAAGACAUGGAGCCUGCUAAUGGGGCCGAUCACAUACUGAUCAAAGAGGAGUGUACAGAAGAGGACAUGUGGAAAAAUGAUGCAGAGAACAGGCUGAUCUCUGGAGCUGAGCAUCAGCCGUGUUUCGGAGCAAGCAAACCCACCCAGACCGACAGCUUUGCGGAGCAUUACCACACAGCUGAAAAGCCAACCCACUCUGAAUCUGUGGUUUCCCAAACAGAAAGCUACAGCGCUUUCCCAAAGCAGCAGCUAAACAGCAACCAAAAUGAGACGGAACUCUUAGUGAAACACGAGAAAGAGGAAGAGACUGAUGAGAACGCAGCUCCACUCACUUCAGCCCACACAUUUGUAAUCGAGACAGCUGAGGGACAGCUGUGGUCAUCCAGCAUGAGCGGAGAAACAGGUGACCCAAGUGUCUCAUACACUGAGCAGCAGUUUGAGCAGAUUCCUCCUGCAUUUGCAUCUCCAACCAGGUUGCAUUUAGAGGAUGUGGCACCCAGAAUUUACUCAGUGGGGAAAUUGAAUUCAGUCAAGAGUGUGGCACGCGUGAAAAGGCGAGCCAGAACUAUUGGAUGUAAGAGACCACAGUCAGAGGAAGGACACAACACUGUAUGCCAGAUUGGUUCCAUAGAUCCCAGCUUCAUUUCUCAACAAUUACAGCAUCACAACAGAGAUGAUGCUCUUCACACGACGAACCCAGAGGAUCUCACAGGGCCAAACCCCGCAGCCCUCUUCGGCACACACAGGGUUAGCAGCAGCAGCUCGAGCCUGACAAGGAGGAUGAGGACGCCCUGGAGGUCCGGCCUCAGCGAGAAGCGGUUCAGCUGCACGUACUGCGACAAAAGCUUCACCAGGUUCAGCCAGCUCAAAGAGCACCUGAGGAGUCACACGGGCGAGAAGCCGUUCAGCUGCAUGCAGUGCGGUCGGAGCUUCACUAAACAAUGCAACCUCAUCAGGCACGCGGUGGUCCACAGCGGGGAGAAGCCCUACGAGUGCUCGCUGUGUGGGAAGUGUUUCACCCAGCGCUCCAGCCUCAAGUCUCAUCAGAAAACAGCCCACUUAUAAAGUUUAUUUUACACAUGAUUUUGAAGUGUUGCCAUCUUGUUUUGUGUUGUUUUUUUUUUUUGUUUUUUUUAAGCCAGAUGUGACGAGUUAAGUAUGGAUCUGACUGAUAGCUAAGGACCCAUACAGUAACAAGUUGUCAAUCACAGGGUCGUCCUUCCUAAAGCAUGCCCCAUAUAAUGGUCUGUUUUAAUCUUCAUUGCAAAUGACUGAUUGCCUUUGUUAUUGCAUAUAGCUUCUCUGCAACUUGGUCCUCCUUCCUUAAACACACCUCAGCCCACCUACCAGAGAUCAGAUCAGUAUCCAGGUCCCCAUUAAAUCUGGUAGAGAAAUCUCUUCACAAGUUUUAGGUCUUUGCACUUGUAGACCACCCACAUUUUCAAGUUGCUUAAGUGUCACAUUACAAGCACCAUACCAAUAUUUUUGUAAGCUGGAAAUCAUUAUAUUAUAAAUUAGGUAUGUUUUAAAUAACUUAUGACUGCAAACUGGAGCAAGAUUUGUCUUAUUUUUUAAACCUCACAGGUACAUUGUCAAACUUUUAUUGAGGAUUAAGUUUGAAUAAAAUUUUACUGAAUGUAACAGGCCUUACAACAGAAUGGCGACCUCUCCAGACUAUUGCCUCCCACCUUGUGACAGGUGGGAGUCUACCCCCUCCACGACCCUAAACUGGAUAACCGAUGGAAGGAUGGAUGUU